GAUUUUUCAGAUGACAACAUCUUGGAACUUGGAUACGGUCGUGGCAACGGUCUACAGUACUGUUUCGAUCGAGUGGUGGACGGGGAUGGUGCGGUCUUUGGAAUUGAUCGAUCUUCGUAUAUGGAGGAUUGUGCCCGGCAUCGAUUUGUCCUCGAGUUGGCGGAGACGACAAAGAUUCAAUUAGAUCACGCUCCUGACCUGCGAGAUUUACCGUAUCCUCCUGCGGUGUUCAAUCACAUUUUCCAUGUCGAUCUCUAUUACUUUAUUCAUCAAGACCAUAUGUUUGAUAUUUGUAAAGAACUUCGUCGGGUGUUAAAACCAGGUGGAACAAUGGUCUGUGGAAUGCACUUUGGCAGGUUGAAGAAGUUGACGAAAUGGGGUAUACUAAAUGAGACACAGUGGGAUCCAAUGAGGUACCUGAUGUGCUUGGAACCUGCUGGCUUUACGGAUGUCAAGGUCGAUUACAAGUCACAUAACAAAGCUGGUGAAUACCAGUUAGUUAGCUGUAGAAGGCCAAUAAGUGACGAGAUAGCAGUAAGGUCAAGCGUAAAGGUGGCUUGCACUGGAAUUGGAGGAUCCAGACGUUGCAAUGAAGCAACUGGAAUUGCAAAUCAAAAGGAAAUGCUGAUCUCGGAUUUAAUGAAGUCUAAGCGAAAGCUUACAAAAGAAGAGCUGAGUAUUCUCAAUGAGGAACUGCCUGUUGGACAAGCGAAAAAGUCAUGA